AUGGGUAACAUCUUAUCCUACUUUUAUUCGGACUUCCAAACUGAAAAAACGGAUGAGUUGAAGAUAAACGAUGGCUUAAUACAAGGACUUACUUACACAUACAACGAUGGCUACGUUGGAAGUGCGUACAUGAGUGUUCCUUAUGCAAAACCACCAGUUGGAGAGCUGAGAUUCAAGGUAAACAAUAGGAUUCAAUAAAGCCUUAUCUUCUUCCAGAAGCUGGUUUUAAUUUUAUAUAAUAGUAUUCUUGAUAACAGUUUUUAUACAAUUUUUUAGAAGCCAGAAGCAUCAGAACCGUGGGAAGGCAUCAAAGAUUGUACCAAACUACCUCCACGAUGUCCACAUCAAGACAUGCUACACGAGAAGUUGACCGGGAACAUCUCGAAAUCAGAAGACUGUCUUUAUCUGAAUGUAUUUUUACCUGGAACUGUAAAACGAGGUCGGGACUUGCCAGUUAUGGUUUAUAUACACGGUGGAGCUUUUGUUGUACAUUCGUCAUCUCAUGUUGGAGACAGUAACGUUGUCAAGUAAGUGUGGGUAAUCUUGUUGUAAAAAACGCCGUUUAUAUGUAAAUUUAGGUAUUUAUUUCUAUAAUAUUGUGUAUUUAGGUACCUUUGCUCAAAAGAAGUGAUCGUAGUGACAUUAAACUAUCGAAUUGGUAUCUUUGGCUUCAUUACAACAUCUUCACCAUCGUGUCCAGGUAACAAUGCUUUCUGGGACAUGCACAAAGCUCUACAAUGGGUUCAAGACAAUAUUCAUCAUUUUGGAGGUGACAAAAGUAAUGUCACAAUCUUUGGGCAAAGUGCUGGCGGAGCAGCGGUUGAUUUCCUCGCUUUGUCACCACAUACACAAAACUUGUUCAAGCGGUACAUAGGUAUGGCAGGGACCGCUUAUUCUACUCAUUCUCGACAAACGAGUGACAGAUUGAGGGUGGAAUGGAUACAUUAUGCUGAAAAAGUGCUAGGAUUUGAGUAUGAUGCUGAAGAUACGAAGGAGGAGGUUGAUGACAAGUUAUUGGAGUUUUUAAGGUAAUGCAAUGUGUUUUAUCUGUUGAAAUUUACUUUAUGGCAGAGUAUUUUAGCUAUAAACAUUUUGACUGGUUUGUAGCGUUAUUUGUGUUUUGUCUAAAGACUUUUGGUUCGGUUAAAAUGCUAGUUUUAAUUUUUUAUUAAAAGUAUUUUGCAGGUCUCAACCAUCAGAUAAAAUGGAAAUGAGUAUGAUGCCAGAUAAACGACUUACUAUCAACAAAGAUGGUCGUGUUCGUGUGGCACCAGUAGUUGAUGGGGACUUUUUCCCAAAAGAUUUCAAAGAUCUGAGGAAAAACGUACCUAAAAAGCAGAUUCUUCUUGGAGUGACACAGUGGGAGGGAUUACUCUUCAGUAAGUUGUUUUACUACUUUAAUAUGGGUAUUUUUAUCAGUUUUUUAUUGUAUAUCACGGUGAUAAAAAUUUUUUACAGUGUACCUUGAUGAUAAGCACUCUAACUGAAGUAUAAUUUUUUUAAAUAUUAUAUUAUUACUGUCAUAACAUGUGACCCUUAUUAAUAAAAAUACAUUCUAGUGUUAUUGAAGCCAUCAUACAUUCAAUUUGCUCGUGAACUGAUGUUAUCGACACUGUUAAGAUACGAUUUGCCGGAUUCAGCUGAUGAAUAUGUUCAGAAAGCUGUGGAUAGUUUUAUUGACCUAGAACAACCAGAGAACUCAUUGGAACACAAACAACAAAUCUGUAAAGUGAUAUCUGAUGUUAUGUACAACACCAACAUGAGGUAUUUGGCAGAAGAGUCAAUAAAGAAUGGCCAUGAAGUAUACAUGUACACGUUUGAGUACUGUAGAAGCAAUGUUGGUGGUCUGUUGGGGUAUCUGUUCCCGUUUAGAGGUAAGGGAUGGUUAUUAGGUAUCUAUAGAUAGCUUGGCUUAUUAGUAGGUAGAAUCGAUUUUAUUUUAUCUAUUUGUCAACUUUUUGGUAUAAUAUUAAGUAAACGACUUAAUAUUAUCACAAACCAACUGCAAACACUAUAACACAUCUUAUAACUCGUUAAUCUAGGUAAAAUUAAUUUUUCAGGAGCUACCCAUACGAUAGAACUAGCCUAUCUUUUUGGAAGAUGUAUAACAUCAACCCAUUUCACUCCAUCCCCGCAGGAUCUGAAAGUUUUGGACCGAUUCACAAAUUAUUUUACAAACUUUGCAAAAUACGGUAACCCGAAUGGAGCUUCAGAAGAAGUGUGGCUACCCAUAACAGAAGAUGAGCUGGAAAGAAAUAUGGUGAUAAAAGAAGAGACAGACGAGAUGCAAGACAAGUUCGGUGAAGGAAGGUUCAAGAAGUGGAGACGGAUAUGGCCAAACAUCUGGGAGAUGAAAAUGGUUUGA